GAAGCCCGAGCCGGGCAGAGAGUGGAGCCUGCUGGCCGCUGCGCUCCGGGUCACCCGGAGACCAAACUCCGACUCCGGUCAGAGAGCAGAACCAGCCACCACCUCACUGCGACGAUGAAUAACUCCGUGUUUCUAAAAGCUAUCUUAGUUUGUGACUGCGCAGAAUCCGAUUUGGCGUUCGGCUAAUUCAAUUCAACAUUUAAUUUAAAUAAUUUAUUUUAAUUAAUGUCAUGAAAUUAGUGGAAAAAAAACCUUUGUGUUUGGAACAUGGAGGAGAAACCCAGUGGGAAGUGGGAAUACCGAAAACGGGUCAUUGAGAAAGAGAUUGGUUUGUCUCAAGCAUAUAGAGGGAAAGUUUAGUGGAAGGAAAAAACAAAUCAUCCGCAGAAGAAAUAGUGGAUUUGGCGGGAUUGUGAGGCAUCAGCAUGUGAUUCAUCUCUCACUGUAAAGAGUGGAGAUGGAGGUCGUUUCCUUGGGAACCGGGACUAAGUGCAUCGGAAAGGCAGCCAUGAGCGCCGCUGGUGACGUGCUCAACGACAGCCACGCUGAGGUCGUCGCCAGAAGAGGCUGCGUCAGGUAUCUGAUCCGGGAGCUUCACGCAGCCGUGAGUGGCCGCUGCAGCUCGCUGUUUCGCCCGGCGGACCGGAGAGGGAAGUGGAGGCUUCGGCCCGGAGUUUCCUUCCUGCUCUUCACCAGUCACACUCCCUGCGGUGACGCGUCCAUCAUCCCCAUGACGGACCCCCAGGCCCAGCCCUGUCCCCCCGUCACGUCCCUGAGCAGCUGCGGGGAGCCGGACGGACGACGGAACUUGAAAAGGAAAGUGGAGGAACCCGCCGAUGGAGGGAACUCGAAGCUGCCUCGGCUCGCAGAGGAAGAGACGAGAGAAGGAGAAACGGGCCGGUUUGAAUCCAGGACUAAAUCGCCUGACGGAGCCGCGUCUGUCCCCGCGUCUGUCCCCGCAUCGGAGCUCAAACCAGGGGACUCCGCAGACUCGAGGCCGUCAGACGCCGAACCGGUCGGAGACGUUCACAGGACGGGCGCCAAGUGUGUCCCGGGAGGCCCGGCCGACCCGCUGCGGCCCGGGGCGGCCUACCACAGCACCGGGGUCCUCCGUGUGAAGCCGGGUCGAGGAGAGCCGACUCUGUCCCUGUCCUGCAGCGACAAACUGGCCCGCUGGGGGGUGCUGGGCUUCCAGGGUGCGCUGCUGUCUCAUUACCUGGAGGAGGCGCUGUACUUCGACACGGUGGUGGUGGGCAAGUGUCCGUACAGCCAGGAAGUCAUGCACAGGGCGCUGGUCACCAGGUGCUCCCGCGUUUCAGAGCUUCCUGCUGGUUUCUCUGUCCAUUCGCCGCUGCUGCUGCAGUCCAGCCUGGAGUUCCAGUUCAGCCAGAACCAAACCGAGCUCCGACGCCAGGGCGGACAGGGACGCAUCUCCCCGUGUGGAGCGGCCAUCAGCUGGUGUAAUGUUGCGGAUCAGCCACUCGAUGUCACCGCCAACGGCUACAAACAUGGCGUCACGAAGAAAGUCCUGGGAACACCGAAAGCCAGGUCUCUGUUGUGUAAACUGGAGCUCUUUCACUCGUUCCUGUCUCUCGUCGCGGCCACCGACCCUUCGGCUCUGCCCGACUCUCUCAGGUCGGGAGAGCUGCACACCUACUGGGACCAUAAGCGGGCCGCCCAGUCGUACCAGCAGGCCUGGCGGCAGCUGCGCCUGCAGGCCUUCCCUCUGUGGCCUCGCAGCGACAGAAACCUCCUCCUGUUCCGCUGAAAGCCGACUCCGCAGCAGGAGCGUCCUCGUCGGGCUCGGUGAAAAACCGGCUUUGUCGCGGCGCGGGCCCGCAGGGUCACGUGCUGGAACAGCCGCCCGGCCAGCAGAAAACUCUGAUUUCAAGCCGAGGACGGCAGAACCAGAGACAAAGCGUCGCUCUCCCCCCCGGCUGUCUGUUGGCUCAGCUGCUCUGCGGCUCAGGACCCACGGCGGGACGUCCCGCUCCGUCCCACUGAUGUCUGCAUGUGGCCGCUUUAUUUUCACGUCGCAAGAGCGCUCUGAAAACACAGCUGGGACGGACCCGCCUGCACCUGUCACUUCGCCGCAUUGAUUAUCAAACUCUCCUUGUCUUUCUCCCACAGACAGCAGAAUGAAAUCAGUGAUCUCUAUCUGCUGCUUCCCUGAGUUGCAAGAUUUAUGGACAGUUGAGAUAUUUCCAGGAAACUUGAGAUCGACCUUUUAGGUUCUGUUUUUGCCAAGCGAGUUUCUUUCUUGUUGCCGAGUCGUGAACCGAUAUCUAUCGGUCCAGUUUUGCAUUUUUGAGCUUCCCUAACAGUUUUCUGUAGUUUAUAAAACUGACCUGUCACAACAGCAGCUCACUUUCUGAGUGAACCUGAAGAAGAAAAGUAAUCCAAAGAUCUGAAGUUAUAUUAAAUUCAAUAAUUAAGAGGCAGGCUUUCAUCUUCUGUCAGUUUCGUAGAUGAACUCUCUCCUGCCAUAUAAUUAAAAAUUGUAAAUUAACGAAGCUUCGAGGGAUUUUAAUAAUCGAGGUACUCGAAUCGUUUCAGCCCUAAUUGGGACGCGACGUGUUGCCUUUUGAGCAACUUUUGUCCAACUUCAUGUCAGCCAGGUUGUGUUACAGUGACUUCCUGCAGCAAUCAGGAAGCCAGGAAAUCAAACUUAAGCCCAUAAUUUAACUAGUGAAAAAUGUGUCUGGUCAUAACCAGAAUGAAUCGCUAAGGAGGCAAAUGUUCCUCUCAGCAUGUUGGACAGGAUGUCUUUGGGUAGAUGUUGAUUAUGCAUAUUUUGGUUCAUCAGCGUUGCACUCUGAUUUUGUUGCACCGUUUCCUUUAAAUGUGACAAACUGCCAUAGUUGAAAUAGUCCAAUUAAAACGUGCUUUUAA